AGUUCCAAUCUGAACUUGCCCGUCGACGGACGCGAUCGAACCGCCAACUUAAGCUUGCUAUAUAUGUAUAUAAUAUAACGCAUAUUGUGCAAGUCGCACGCGACUAUAUAUAUGCCUGUGUAUUGGUUAAUUAUACGCAACAACACCACAACUACAAAGUUAACUACAGAUGUGUGUAUAAAUCAAUGUCCGCUCUUAACAGGCGGCUGCAGUGCCAAUAAAAAAUUAAAAAUAUAAAAAUACUAGUAUACCUACGGCGUUUGCUGGGGUAACUUUUGUUUUUGUUUUCAAUUUCUUCACCAUUUUUGGCGCGCCUUUUUGUGAGUGAACCGCGCGCGCGAUAAGUCAGACAAACAAACAAACCAAAAACAAGGGAAUCAUAAAAAACACAUUUAAUCAAUUACACGUGUCGACCCAACAAAGAGAUAAUUCGAUUUUUGUCUCGCCAAGUGCAUGCGGAUCAAGAAACCAAAUUCAAUCAGAAAAUAAUAAAAUUGUUUUAAAGCAGACCAUUCCCCAAAAGGCAAUCAACAGUGUAAUCCAAUGACUGAGGAGGAGGUUUUCGGCGAUUUACAGGAAAUUAUCAAUGCCAGCAUGGAGUUGAACGGUGGUGCCACUGGAGACAGCAGAGUGGGUGGUGUCACUAGAGGCGGCCAACAGCACAUAUUAUCGCAAUCGACCUCCUUGCCGGUAAUGCCGUCGCACCUGCCACUCCACCUACAGAACCAGAACCAGGGCCAGAACCAGAAUCUAAAUCAGAAUCUGCCCAAGCCAAGUGCCAAGAGUGGACCCCACUUGCGCAUCGUGGAGGAGCCGACGAACAAUAUAAUCCGCUUUCGAUACAAGUGCGAGGGUCGCACCGCCGGCUCGAUUCCGGGCAUGAACUCCAGCCCGGAAAAUGGCAAGACCUUUCCCACCGUCGAGGUGUGCAACUAUGACGGCCCGGUCAUCAUCGUGGUGUCCUGCGUGACCAGCGAUGAGCCGUAUCGCCAGCACCCUCACUGGCUGGUCAGCAAGGAGGAGGCGGAUGCCUGCAAGUCGGGCAUUUACCGCAAGCGCUUGGAGCCCCAGGAACGGCGACUGGUGCUCCAAAAGGUCGGCAUCCAGUGCGCCAAGAAGCUGGAGAUGCGCGACUCCCUGGUGGAGCGGGAACAGCGAAACGUCGAUCCUUUUUGCGCCAAAUUCGAUCACAAAGACCAGAUCGACAAGAUCAAUCGGUAUGAGCUGCGCCUCUGCUACCAGGCCCUAAUCCAAGUAGGCAAGACAUGGGUGGCCCUGGACCCCGUCGUAUCCUCACCGAUCUACGGCAAGAGCAAUGAGCUGACCAUCAACCGGCUGUGCAGCUGCUCGGCCCAAGUGACCGGCGGUAGCGAGAUCAUCAUGCUGUGCGAGAAGAUCGCUAAGGACGACAUCGAGGUGCGGUUCUACGAGACGGACAGCAACGGACGGGAGACGUGGUUCGCCAACGCCGAGUUCCAGCCCACGGACGUGUUCAAGCAGAUGGCCAUCGCCUUCAAGACGCCGCGCUACAAGAACACCGAGAUCACACAUAGUGUCAAUGUGGAGCUAAAGCUGGUGCGACCUUCGGAUGGAGCGACGAGUGCCCCGCUGCCGUUCGAGUACUACCCGAAUCCAGGUACGGUAACCUUUGCCCGGCUCCAGCGAAAGCUGAAGCGUCGCCAGGAGCUGGACGUGUUCCAGCAGAUCCUUUCCCUCGACAGCGAAACGACGGCCACGAAAUACUCGUGCCCACCGAUGGACUUGGAGGAGGACAACAAUACGGUUUCAUCCGACGAUCAGCAGAGUUCCGGAACUCUUAACGAAUUCGAGAUAGCGGUGAAGAAGCUGCAGAUGCGUCAACGGGGUGAAUCACACGAAAUGGAUGGGGGCACAGUCACCGAGUACACGGACAACGACAACGAACCGGACAUGGAGAUUGAGCUGGAGGUGCCGCAAUUGCUGCCCCAACUGGCGGACGACUGCACCCAGACAUCCACGCCCAUGGACGAGAUCUUGCAGCAUCCGCAGCUGCAGUCGCGUCCGCUGACCAAUGUGGACAAGAUUACCGAGUGGAUGAAGAGCAGCGAGUUUGAGAGAACGGAUAGUUUGACGGUGGAGAAUGGGGAUACCCAAUCGCUAUCGAAUAGCACGGCCCAAACAGCUUUCACCAAUGUCAGCAGCUUGACGGCCAAUACGACCAUAACGAAUCAGUUGGAUGAGGAGGCCCAUGGACUCUUGGCCAGCGGUUCUCGCCGGGAUACCCUCGAAAAUCCGGCCGUGAAAGAGCUGCCCGAUAACGAAAAGGAACACGACAUGGUUUCGGCCAGUGCACAGGCCUCUGUGGAUUUGGAUGAGAACUUCGAUGAGACAGCCACAUAUACGAGUCUGCAGAUAGCUUUUAAUAAUCCCAUUAAAAUAGGCCUGCCCAAGGAGAACAAACAGGGCGUUCAGAUUUAUCCGCCCUCAAAUCCGUUUGGCCAAUUGGAUGAUGACGAGCUGGUGGUUCUGAGAAAUCCACCAGCUCCGCGGAUUAAAGUGAAUGCUGCCCAGACCCCAGCCACGCCCCCCCAUUCACCGCCCCUGCCGCUGCCACCGCGAACUCCAUCGCCCGUUUGCGAUCAAAGACUACCGCCCUUGCCGCCGAAACCGCAGCGAAAUUCCCAGGACCUGAGCAAUGUCAGUGACUCGAUGUCUGUCAGCCGCUCACGAAAUGGCAGCCUAAGUUCCGCUAGAACCACACCUUCGCCCAUUAUAAUAAUGCGUACACCCGAUCAAAGUCCCACCAAAAGGCAACCGACGCCAAGUGUUUCGCCCAAGAAGCGUCAGGGAUUCUUUUCGAGAUUCUUUACGCGCCGCAAAAGCCGGGCGGACGAUGAGGAAUCCCUGACACCCGGUGGCAGUCCCAAUAGACAAUUACCCGUGGGUGGAUCCAAGGCCACCACACCCACCGGCAGUCGGGAGCCCAGUGUGGCGCACUUUUCUUUGGGAGAUCCCAAUCGCAGCUCCACACGAUCCAUGCAACCGCUGGGGAGGAAUGAGGGCAGAAAUGGCAAGCCAGUGGGUCGAAGUUCAAGUAGUGUGUCGGGAAAAAGACCCGCCCACCUGGAUGCGGAUGUGAUCCACAUACCGCUGAAGGGAGGCGACAGCGAGAACAGUUUGCUCCGGCCGGAGAGCUACUCGAACGCCAGUACCCUCAGCUAUGGACGACCGCUGGACAGGAAGACCCUGAGCACUCUCCAGCUGGCAGAUAUUCCCAUAAGUGAUGGCCACAUGGAGUUGAUAGCCAUUGCCGAUCGGCAGAGUAUCAAGAAUCUGUGCGAAGGCGCCUACGGUGUGGUGCUGGAUCCCAGUGUGGAUCUCUCCGAGGCGGAACACUUUGCCCUCUAUACCACCAGAAGUCCGGAGCCACCGUUUGGCGGGGAGUUGGGCCAAGAUGGUGGGGCAACGGGCGGUGGGGAUGCGACGGAUUUCCUCAGUGCGGAUGAAAUAGCUCGUCGGCUGGCGGAGGCCAAUGGCUUGGAGUAGGGAUAUGGUGGAGAUGAAGGCGUUACGGGUAACUGAUUUGAGGGUAAACAAGAAAAUAAUGCAAUUUUUGAAACAAUUUUAAAGCAUUUAUUUAGCAAAACAAAUUGCCUCUUAAGCACAGGGUAACAUACAAUUUUUUAAAAAUAAUUUUUAGAAAAAGAAUAGUAAGAUUUCUUAAUUUCUACCAUUUUUUUCGAAUUCAUUAUUUUAAAACGCUUCAAAUGUACCAUUUAAUUUGUAAAAAUCAAAUCAGUUAUCCGAAAACCUAUCAUCAGUUAGUCCAAAACAACAAAACACAAAUGCAUCUGCAAAAAUACCUUUUCUAGUCGUCUUUUCUUUCAGUAUUAAUUAAUACCUACAAAACUUUCUAGAUAAGAAAAAAUUGAGUACGCUCACCGAAUUUGAAAAUAAGCAUUUCUAAUCUUCUGAAAAUCCGAAUAUCUUUGUAGAACUCCUCACAAAGCACAAUCGUCUGGUGACCCAAAAGGCGGUUGAAAGC